UCUAGUUGCAGAAAUGUGGAAAUUGUGCGCCAUACCUGAGCGAGGGAGUAGACUCCUUGUUGUUCUUCUUGCUCUGUCACGACAUGGAUCUGGAAAAGCAGCAGAAGCUCAGAGCUAAUGCUCCUGGCACAGUUGCAAUGCACAAACCACCUGUAACUGUGCCGAUUCUUUUUGAAAUUCGUCUUAACAUGUAAAAGCAAUUUAGUGGCAGUCAAUGCUUAGCGCUAACUUCACCAUCCUCGGGAGCCUCACUCCAUACCCAAAUUUACCUGAGCUGUGCUGUUUCUCUCAUCAUCAAAAUGGCCAAAUCAACUGUAACUGUGCUGAUUCUUGUUGAAAAAUAUGUCAAAAUGAAUACUAAAAACCUAACUCCAUACCCGGGCUCAGAGCUAAUCCUUCUCGCAUUUUAAUGCUCAAACAAACAUUCAUUUAAUUUUGAUAAUUUCCGUAAAAAAUGUACUGCAAUGUUGCAAAAUAUGAGCAUAACAACAUGUGAAAGCAGUUUGCAACAGUUAGGACUUAGCGCUAACCUUAACAUCUUCAGGAACCUCACUCCGUACCCAAUUUUACCUGAGCUGUGCUGUUUUGUUUAUAUAAGUUUAUAUGAUACUAAGACCCUAACUCCAUACCCAAGCUCAGAGCUAAUGUUUCUAACAUUUAAAUAUCUAACCUUUAUGGGGGGGGGAUUUUAAUCAAAUGUUUUAUUUUGUUGCAAAAUACAAGCACACUGCGUGUGGAAGCAGUUUGUGACGGGCACGCUAACUUUACCAUCCUCGGGAACCUCACUGCAUGAAUCUAUUGUUACCUUAGCAGUGCUGCUUUCCUGGUUGUCGUCCAUGUAGUCUGCUCCCUGCAUCCACACCAGGUCCCCUUGUCGCACACCGUGCCCCAGUGUGGCUAACCUGUGUGCCACAGCCUCAUUCCAAACUCUGCAUGAUUUAAAAAAAUAAAAAAAAAAAAAAGCUGAUGGAUUAGCAGAAACAGGCUGGGAUCAUGUAAUGAUGUUCCCUGCGGCUAACCUGCUACAGUAGGCGUGUGGAUAGAAGACUCUCAUGCCGUGCGGAAGGCUGAGCCAGGCUUUGGCACAACCUUCUGGACCGGUACCGUAGCGGUUCAGCGCACGGAGCAUGAGGCGCUCCCUGGCUUUGGACACGGGCAUUAGCGCCAAGGACUCCUUAGCAUUAUCUGUAAGGUGGAGAUUGGUGGAUUGCAUCCAAAAACGUCUCAGGAAGCAACUUUCAGAUCACCUUUGAGUGUUUUCUAUCCUGACAGGAGUAAGUGAGAGGUUAGUGUUGCGUCAGCUCUCACCAGUCUGGAGGAAGUGUCUCUUUGCUUGGCUCUGAGGAUCAUCGCCAUCGUCGGGACUGAAGAACAAACGGACGGCAGUCACCUGAAAUCAAAACAAAGCCAAUUGGGUCGACAGGUCGCUCAUGAAUGUGGAGUCACUUCCGGUUGGCGAAGUGUGUGUGUGGGCUUCCCAGCAUGCCUUGUGGGUUAAAAACUGGUAUUGUUCUGCAUGUAUACAAAUAUGUGAGCGUCGAGCGCCGAACUAACCCCAUUGGUUGUUUGUUUUAAAAACAAAAUGCCACUGCUGUAAAAAGUCACAUUUGGAGUCCGAAGACCAGAAGCGAGGCGGAUAACUCUAGCUAGCGAGCUAGCUGGCUGCUGUCAGUGACAGCUGGGCGGAGCGUGUAAACAAAGAUGCAAGAAAAGUCGAACGGCAAGAGGUUUGAUAAGGGAGUAAUCAAACACGCUGGCAUGGAUUGGCGUAGCCUGUGGCAAGCUGAAGCCAUUGAGGUUUUAUAGACUUGUUUUGAUUCUCGCGGCAAUACGGGACAAAGUGUGUCCCGUGUCAGCCCAAAACGGGUGUUGGUGACGCAGCACACAAUGUACAGUUUGCCGCCGCAUGCCCACCAUUUUUUUUGUGAUCGGACGAUAUUGAUCGGUGGCAGGGUGCCUAGUACAGUUCAGUCGUGUGUUCCGCUUGUGUUGCUAAUGCUGUUGUGUUGUUUUUGGUUGCACCGUGAGUCAGGGGUCGGUAAGCUCCUGUUGGUUUGUGAUGUGCGAUUAAGGGUGCAAAUAUUGAGCUGAUUCAUGCAUGUAAAGAACGCCUCCUCAAGCGAAGUUGAAGUUUGUCUCACACUAUUUUCUGUGCAACUCAAGCUUUGACAAUGCAGGGCAAAUGUGAUGUUUUCUCUACCAAUAAAUGACCAAAUUAUGGACAUUAUAAGCAGAAAAUGGCGGAUUUUCCUCCAAAUAAAAAUCUGUUUUGAUCACAAAUCUGCAAAGUAGUGGGAUGGUGAAUGUAUGGGGAUCCAGUUCAUUUCAAACAUAAGACUCACCAUGUCUUCUUGGAGUAGAGCCAGGCCGACGUGAUCCGACUGAACACCUUGCCCGGUUCCGAACCUCUGCGGCCCGUAAUAGUUGACGAAACCUCUGGCCUACACACAAAAAACCCAACCAAGAUGUGAACAAGGUGACAAGCAGUGCUGCACGGUUCCAGCCGACAUCUUCAUACCUUCACAUUCUCCAAUGCUUCUUCCACCAACGUUGCAAGAUGACGCUGUUUUUCAGCACCGGUGUGAGCGUCAUCGGCGCCGUGUGGUCUUACAUUCCGGACCACCAGGUCAAAGUGGUUACCUUGGAGGCGCCCCAGCUUCAGGGGCUCGGCCACAGAGCGUAUUUGAGAAAGACGCAUCCCUCUUUUCUCAAACUCCGCCCUCUUCUCCAUCAACCUAGUGAGAAAGCACGUGUUUUGUCUUCACUUGUGGACCCCAGUGGGCAGUAUUCACCUCACAGGCUUGCUGUUACCGUUGAGGCGAGACCUUCUUGACCACCAUGGACUGGUAGGUGACCGCUCGCUUAUCUUUGAUGCCAGCGUAGGUGAAGUCUGACGGGAGGACGCCCAGUGUUGCCGCCAUGUAGCUGAUAGCCUCCAGAGUCUCCAGGUUUUCCUUACACAAAGUGAACGCUGAAAAAAUAGCAAAGUGAGGCACCAUGCAAGAGAGAGUGCGCUGUUUUGGAAUCUUUUUCUAACCUGUGUAAACGUCCUCCUCUUUCCGCUCAUCUGCGGUCCGUUUCUUGGGUCUGCCUCGCUCCCUCAGCCGCACCGAGAUGGCCGUCCUCUCCUGUUCGCCAAAGCUCUUCGUCUCCACCAGUUUCCCAAAGCGGCGGUUCAGGAAAUGGUGCACGGCCGUGCGGUGCUCCUUGUUGUCGUCCGGAUGAAACGUGUAGGACGAGUCCUGCACUUUGGCGUCGAUGAACCUGAAGAAGUCCUCCGCCUCUUCUUCGGUGACCAGCUGGGACAGCUCCCUGUAGUCCGGGUCCUCCCUCACCCUGAUCUCCGGCUGAAUGGUGACAGUCAUGAGAAAAGGGAAGCGGUGUCGGACGGCUCGGUGGACAUUGGCGCGCUGGUAUUUGUCAGUAAAGGAGCCCAGGGAGAGCUCCUUGUUGCCUGGAGUUUCACCUUCCUCCUCCAUCACAUCAUCUCGGAGACUCACCACAAACUGCUCCAGCUGCUCACUCACUGCCGGACCCAAAAUCAUGCUCAAGUCCAAGCUGUCUGGGCUGGAUAUGGUCAAAUCGAACCUACAAUCUGCUGAGAAGGCAUGAUGAUCCUCUGCUCCCUGAAAGUCCUGUUUACAUCUACUACUGACCUUUUCUGAGCAGUGAGGAGCCGGAGUGGGUGCUGCUGUAUUGACUUGCUGUCCAUGGAUGUCUAUUUCGGUCACCACGAAGUCUUUGAUCAACUUUUUAAUGCUUCCAAGAAAACCCUCGUGGCUUGAUACAAAGCACACGGGAAGACUGGCAGCAUCACCGUCCUGCUUCAUUGUCACUUAACGAAUAAACCCCGGAGCAAAACGCAGCCAAUAUGCAGUAACUUGCUGAUGGAAACAACGGUCUUUACUACUGCAGACACGCUAGGAAGCUAAUAGCGACAGACGCUUCAUAUCUGACAAAAAAGCCGUAACGACACAACUGUCAACACCACAUAAAUGCUCAGGAGUACCAAAGCUAGCGAUUAGUGCCUACCGAAAUAAUAGACGUUGUCAAAUAAUAACGAAAAGGCGCAGGUGUCAAUGAAGUGAGGAGCGCGUAUUUUCGAGUAGCCCGCUUGUGGCACGUAAACAAAACAACACAGCACGCUGGAGCAGCUACUUCCUGGUCAUGUGACAUGUCACGUGAGUUCAUGUUCUUAAAGUGACACCAUCGCUUCUCGCACGAUUCACUUAUACAACAUGAUGAUUGUAACUGUUUUAAAUUUUAUGAAUUAUUGUGGUCUCAACAUUGGAUGUUGAGUGAUUUUACGCAAGAAAGAGUCAUUUAAAUGCCUAAAUUGUUAACACUGCAAGGCUUGUGCCAGGGGUGUCCCAAGUGCAGCAUGCUAAACAUUUGUGGCCCGGGGAACAUUGUAGAAAUAAAAUGUUUUUAAAAAGUAUUCUAAAAAACGCACAAUGUAAAAAGAAAAACAAAAAUGUUGAUACUCAUAACCUAUAAUAACACAAAGUUUUGUCUUUAAAUAUACGGUAUGUAUUUUUUAGCCUUUUUCUAGAACUAUGAACACCAAUGUUUUAAACAAUUCCAAGAAGUAUCCUAAUUGGAACAGCAUGUCGUCGAGUAUUGAUCCAACCUUGAAUGAACUAAAAGAAGUCAAAACAACGGAUUGGCUCGUCACUGUUGAGCUGGAAGAGGUUAAAGGUCGCCUGCAGUGAGUCCAAAAACAACCCAGCAGGCAGGAAUGCUCGAGAUACAGACAUUUCUCCAAGGUGAAGGUCCGUUUCCUGACCCAAAACACUUGCAUAACGUCCCCUAAAACUUCCUCCUCCUCCACACUGCAUGUUGAUCACAUUAAUGCUGCGUUGCUUCCAACCAACUGACUUGGACCUUUUCCCAGAGGGAGAUGGUGGGGGUAAAACGAGAAUAAUAUCUGCAAAGUACAUUUAAGGACGGCGUGUUAUCUUGCUCAUUUCACAAUGGGUGGGAUUCUCAAAUAAAAAGAAGCCUCUGUAAGAAGGGGGCGUGCAUGUGUGUACAGUGCAAAUAUUUCCCUUGUGCAGUCAAAAAUAAUGAAAGCAAAUGCUCUCAAAUUCUUACUGUGUAAGCAAGACGGUGAGGAAACGGGAUACGAGCCUGGAAGCAUGUGGAAAUCUGGCCUCCAUUGUUUAUGUGAGCGUGACACGUACAGGAGUCGACGGAAUGUUGCACAGAUGGAGCAGCAGGGACUCUGCGCAACCUUUCUGGGAGGACGCCAGGGGACAAAAUGGGGAAAGUGAACAUUUGGGUGAAAAGGAGUUUCAUAGUUGUGGCAAGUCUGAUGGCGGUCAUUGGUGCGGUGAUGUUGGCAGGCAUUCUCUUCAUACAUGGUCACUACCACCGUGAUGAGGAGAUCGAGGACAUGAUCGUGGGCAUACGUGCCGUGUACACGCUUGCCGUCAUCAUGCUGUUAUUGCCCGUUGUUGGCUUGUAUGGCGUCUGCAAGGAGAAGAAAUGGAUGAUCAUUGUGUUCACAGUUGGAGUCAUCCUAUGCAGCCUUUUUGUGUUUUACAUUGGCAUGGGCCUGCUGUUUGUGCGCCCGACGAUGAGGAAAGCCAUCAACAUGUAUUACAUGGGCAUACAGCCAUUGAGCAACGCCACUGACGCAGAUCUCAAGAUUAUGCACGAAACGCAAAAAGAAUUGGAAUGUUGUGGGGUGCAGCAGGGCUACCAAGAGUGGGGUUAUGACGUCCCAGAGUCAUGCUUGUGCGCUGACAACUCCACCAGCGCAUGUGUGGCCGCUCCAAAGAACAGCAGCCUGUCCGAGGGCACGGACGACCCUGUCAUGAUUUAUGAAGAGGCUCGUACAUCGUUACACAGCACUAUCACACCGUGUCUUCCAGUCGUCAUCCAAAAUUUAGACCUGGCCAUGGACGUUGCGGCGGGUAUCUCGGUGGCGUUGACUUUACUUUGGACACUGGCCUGUGUGCUGAGUAUUGUCAUCUUGUGUCAGCUCAAACCCAAGAAGGACACACACGCCGUGGCUUACAGUCGAGAGGCCAAAACCGGCAACUACGCCGUCCUCACUGAGCCUGCGGAGCUCAGCUGAGCGGAGCACUGCGAAGCCAGUUUAGUGGGUUCGCGAGGGUAUCCUGGAGCCUAUCCAGAGCUGACUCCGGGGCGAAAGGCGGGGUACAGCCAGGACCGGUCGCCAGCCAAUCACAGGGCACAUGUAGACAAACAACCAUUCACACUUGCUUUUAACUUAACAAAAUAUACAAUAGAAAAUAUAUACAACAAUACCAUGCUUUGCUUUUUUUUGUAAAUGCAUUUGCAUUGUGUGUGAGUUUUGCAUGUCAUGAAAUCACAUGACGAGGUUCAGCUUUGUUGUUUGUAUAAUUCUGUUCUUAUUAUUUUGUGUGAAUAAAAUUGUUGCCUUUUU